UUCUUCUUCUUCCUCUUCUUCGUUCGAGAGAAGUAAGAACAAGGACAAUGGCUUGAGCAGAGGCUCUGAACAAGGUUCUGACCACAGUACUCGACGGGGUGACAAGGCAGGACGCUAUUCCUAUUGGUCGCAAAUCGAUACGGGUUUCGAAAAUAUUACGAAGCGAUGGCGCCUGAUCGUCUCGGCCUCCGGUGCCACUGCUGUUGUUACCGGGAUGCUCCUCUUCUUCUACUCAACAGAGACGCAAGACUUCCUCUACAAAAGUGGUGGCAACUACAACGAAUCAGAGAGUACAAGAUCAUCGGACGCAAGUAACAGCAGUCCGACCAAUGAGCAGCAGGAACUAGACGGACGUCACCUGUUGUUCAGCAACCACACAACUGCUGAAGGUGUCACGAAUAGUUAAGGAUGUCGUGACAACAUAUUUUGAAGAUCUUACAGUGCAGAUAUAUUUCUUCCCUAUCCCUCUCUAGGAAGUCAGCGUGUGUAGGAGUUCGAUGUCUUCGCCUGGAGCAAAGUGGACUACUACGGAUUCCACUGAAAAUGGGACUAGGAACCUCAUAGAUAUGCAGUAUACCAUAAGCGGAUAGGUCAAGAAGAAACGGAAACCUCUAAGAAUCAGUAUGUAAAAUUCCAUCUCUAGAAGGAGUAUGAGUCGGGAUCAAGUAGUACGUAAAAUUCUUAUUCUAGAAGUUCCUUCAACUUUUCAUCAUUCAGGUUGAGAGCCUCGUAGUAGAUGUUGGGACGUUUCUUCAGAUGUUGAGACGUUUCUUCCCCUUCCUGAGUUGUAAACCCUCUCUAAGGCAAGGGUCUUAGCUUCCACGAGCGGGAGGCUUCCAAAGCGUUCCUUCAACAAGGCGAACACACAGGUGUGCAGCUAAACUCGAAGGCUCCCGGUCGAGUAUUUGUGAGUUGCUUGUCAAAAGCGGCUACUGAAACGGAAGUUAUGAACUGA